GGGCAGGGCGGUGAGGUGUGAUUAGAGGAGCUCACAUUCAGCAGGACCCUGGGCACUCCUCCAUCUUCCAUAAUGAAAAGUAAUUAGUACAAGGGAAUGAAGAGCAAGGAAACUUCUGAGCUGACCUACAAUGUUUUGUACAAUCCUAAACUGCACUUUUUGUGCAGAAGGAUAGGAAGUCCUAGUCAGUAUGCGACACAGACGAAUCCCCAAAGCACAGACUUAUUAGAAACUGAAGCAGAGGUAAUGAUUGUAAGCAACACAGUGGAGAAUACAGAAGUAAAAAUCAUCAAACUAACUAUUCAGAGGGCUCUGUCAGUGACUUGCUGUGAAACAGCUAGAAGCAACCGUUGUUUAGAACUACCCGGAACUGAAGAGAAGAAAAUGCAGACAAAUGAAAGAAAGAGAAAGAAGAGAAAAGAACAGAUCUUUUCCCAAAACAAUAAAGGGGGAAAGAAAUUGCCAGCUAAGAAGAUACCACAUCAGCAUUCUUCAUUUUUAAGCGAGCAGAAUAAUAUGAUUUCCCAGAAAAAAAACAAAGUUGUUCAGCGAAUAUUAUCAGCAAGACUUCAUAAAAUUAAAGAGCUGAAGAAUGAAAUAUUUGAUUUGCAACAGAAAUUAGAAGCAUCAAACUUAGAAAACCAGAUUUUGAAACGGCUUUUGUAUCGGCACUCAAAAGCAAUUGGUAGAUAUGAAAAUUCAGAAAGUGUCUUGCCCGAUCUAUUAACAAGGCAUUACAGUGAGGUGAGUGCUUUGAGGAAACGCCUGAGGAUGUCUCAGGAAGAAGAAAGACUUGCAUCCAGAAAGAUUAGGAAAGUUGAAGCAGAGCUGCUAAAAGCUAAAGAUGAUUUGCAAGCCUUGUAUAAGCUUUCAGAAGACAAGACUCUUGCUGAGAGAGAGGAACUUUAUCACAGAUUAUCAGUCCUUACAGAAAAAAUUGAAGUGAAUAAUGAGAGAAUACAGAGCCUAGAAAAGCAGCUGAAGUUGAACAAUAGCACCUUUAGUCGCCAGCUGGCAAAUGAGAAUAAAAAAGCUGCUGAAGCUGGGAUAAUUACAAAGAACUUGCAAAUGGAAAUUAACUCUCUUCACCAAAAAAUUAAGGAAAAGGAUCGGCAACUUUACAUAAAGAAUAUCUAUACAAAUCACUUGCUUAGAAUCCCAAAGGACAAAGGUGAUUUAGUACCUCCUAACAAAAGUCUCAGUAUAAACACAUCAGUGCAAGUAGAUAAGCAGCAUUUCAGAUCACUGCUGCUGUCUCAAUAUCAACCCCAGGAAACAGAAGAAAAUCCAGUUCUGCUACAUGAGGAGAAAAAGGCGUCAGAAGAUAAGAAUCAAAAAGCUAAAGCAAGUGAAGCAUACACUGAUGCCCAAUGUGAAUCAGAAAAGCAAUCAUCCAAGAAAAUACCAAAGCCAGAAACUUUAAGUAGAACUCAUAGAGAGUAUUUAAAGGAAAACAAACCACUGACAGUACACAGUUGUCUGGAAUUCAUAAAACAAGAAGGAAGAAAGAGAGACUCGCUUAAACGGAAGCUAAAGAAAGCUGAAGAAACUCUGCUAAAUGACAGUGUAAAAGAGAACAAUCAAGAAGAAGAUGCAGUGGAAGAGAAAGAAGAAAGGUCAGAAGAACUAAGUAAAAGUGGGAAGGCAGGGAGUAAUUUUUUAACUGCGAGAAACAAAAUGCUCCCUAAGUUGAAAAAACAAUACGUGUUCUCAGAGACCACUGAAAAUUUGUAUCAUGGGCUUCCUACAUCAGGUACAAAAUCCACAAAAUACAAUCUUUGCAACCACAGACGUGCAGGUCAGGACCACUACAAAGAAGCAGAAUCACAAGUAAAGAAAUGGUUUGGGCUGCAUGAACCAUCCUUAUGUAGAGUUAGCAACAUGAGGCAGAAAGGCAGUUCAGCUGAAGCAGAAGGCUGUGCUCAUGCAAUAUUCAGUGAAAGGAAAAGGAGUCUUAUGAAAGAACUCUUUGGACAAGGCGGUGUUUGCAAAGACAACCAUUCAUGUUCUAACAUGGGAGAAAUGGAGAGAAAGCUGUGAGGGGAUGCAUGAUUACACAAGUGAAAUUUUAACCCUCCACUAGUUUAUAAAAUAAAGUGUCUAUCAUCAGUGAAGUCAUUAUGAAUAACCUCAUAAUAAAUACAAAUUCUGUGUAUUCUUAAAUAUAUUAACUUACCUUUGCAUUUAAAUUACACAGCAUUCUUAGCUUCAUAAAAUGUAUAUUAAACCUUAGAAGUUUUGAGAAUUUCUGCCAAUGACUUCCAAAAUGAAAGACACAUGAGCUGUCACAGCAGAACAUUCUUCUAGUCUCAAUGCAUAUGUACGCAUCUUAGGGUGCCUCAACAAUUAUGUCACUUUACCUGUUAUAGGGAGGUGUCCAAGUUAGUCCUUUUUGGCUAAUUUCCAUUCUUUUUUGCAUUGUCCCUGCAGUUUGAAUAUUAAAGUUAUUUGUUAACUAGCUGCAGUGAGCAGUCUGCUUUCAGAAGGUUCAUUAUUAAAUUGCUAUCUAAAACGUACUAAAAGAAAAUAUUUUUCUUUUCACUCCUGACAUAUCUUCCAGAAUUCACACAAUAAUCUGCUAUUACAUUGUUUUCAUUAGCAUUAUAAAGCUCUAAAGCUUCAUUCUUUUCCACUGUUGGAACUUACCAAAGCAGUUUGCCUGGUAACUUCCACAGCUGACAUCCAGAAUUGAAUGUGCAAGACUAAAGCAUUGUUUUGGAGAAGUCAGGCAUAUCUAGUUCUCAAAGAGCCCUUAAAAAUCUUGCAUUUAAGGUUAUGUAAACGAGGGCAAGAAGACUGUCUUGUUCCUCGUAGAAAUUAAUGAAAGCCUGCUAAAACGUAAGUUAGGAAAAAAGUAUUCUACUAGAUUUUAAAAAGCGGUAGCAAAAAAACCCCAACACCUGUACUAUGAAAGCUUUUAAGGGUGAUUGAGAUAUUCUCAUCUGAACCUACUUGUAAGCAAAUUUUUUUCAGUUCUUUAAGAAGUAUUUCAGCAGCGCAGCAGACAUUAUCAAGAAUGAUUUAAUGCAGUCAAAAGAGUACUUUUCCUCUAUGUACUGUUAAUACUUCUACAAUGCCUUCCCUGCUGUCUCCAAAGUUAAGAGCAGACAUAAUCCAGCAUUCCUGGUUGUACUAAAUCACCAAAAGCCUCUCUGCCCCUAUUCAUUUAGAUGUCUGCGUAAAGCCGCCAACAGACUAUUUCAUUACCUCAUGCUAACUGUGGAUAAGUAGCAAAUGCCACUGUCAAUAUUCUAAAUGAUACUGCGUUUCUUGAGUUCACUAUGUUAAACUCUGUAACAAGCAAAGUGCAAACACCAUUACUGACAUCUUUAUAAUCAGAAAUACAUCAGCCGCAUAGUUAAAAAGUCUGUAGACUCCAACAGUAUCAAGAACACAGGUGGAUUUUGUUUUGUUUAAGAAAACUGUAAUUAACAUUAAAAAUGUGGAUUAGAAAACCUGAGUUGGGCUGAAAAACUUUAUUUCACAAAUAAAAACACAUUUACACGUAACAGAUUCAAUCUUGAUUUUUUUUCUUGUUGAUAUUUAAUGCCUUCACUUUACUGUUGGCUAAAUGCAUUCCCUAAUAUAAAAACAACAUAGUUUUUAAAUAACAUUUAAGAAAAAAAA